CGUGACUUCCAAGGUCGGACAAGUUAUGAAUUAUUUUGAUAACGAAGGUGCAAUUGAGAAAAUUAAAGCAGUUCUAGCGGAAACAAAAACGCCAUAUGCAUUUGGCUCAUGUCAGGAACGAUCUCUCUAUCCAGAAGCUAUACCUCAUCAUCGUCUUGGUAUAACACUGGCACCAAUAAAUGGGAAUGGAUUUGUUGGACCGACAACCUAUGACAUUGAAACUUCAAUGGCUAACAAGUUCAACAAGAAGAUUAUCAGUACUCGUGGGUAUAUAUUGGGAGCUAGAACAGCGCGUAGAAUGAAUAAUCACUUACGUAAUUCAAAUUUUCCAGAUCCUGGAGCUUAUCAAGAUUUUGUGAACAAAUCAUUGUUCGUCAAAUCAAAUAAAGUACCAUUUAAUCAAUCCACACAUAGAACAGAUAAAUCACUAAUCGGUGCAUCAACUGUUGGUGUUGGUAUCUAUAAUGUAACUAAACAAUUAGAUCAACAUAUACAAUGGCAAAUGGAUACCAUGUUAAAUCCUGUGAAUUUGCCUAAAAUUCAAUACAAUAGUACAAUAUUAAUGAAUACAGAUAAACUUAAUACAACGACUGAAUGUAAACGAUAUCAAAGAAAAUUAGCAUAUUUAAAAUUAUAUUAUAAUUGA